UGAAGAUUGUCCUUCCAUGAUGUCGACUGCCAAAAAUUCUGUUCCUCGAGAUCCACCAACGUCGGUCACACCUCUGAGAGAGCUGCAAAAAAAAUAUCAACGAUCAUACAUUUUCAUAUUUUCUGCCGCAAAUGGAACGUGCAAGUGGAUGUUUGGAACAAAUCGCAACGAAAUAAUCGCUCGCCAGAAAAUUCCCCCAACUUUCGACACCUCGACGUGCUCCACUUACUUUUCCGAUUUAUUCAGGAACAGCUGUUCUACGACUGCUGCACUUACUAGCAAACUGCUUUACAACAUCAAAGCGCAAUAGAAAUAACUGUUUUAGUUACGUUUACAACGAUAGAUCAAUCCAAAGCAUAACUGCUUUACGCUAAGUAAAGUACAACGAUAUCAUUUCUGGCUUUACCUAUAAAGGGUAAGGUGAAGGAUAAAAUAAAACAAACUAUUUAACACGACUCUCACUUAUUGAUCCACAACAAACGACAAAAAAUGGCGGCCGACGCACCCGCAAAGGAUGCUAAGGUGUCCCUGAAGAAGAAUGUCAGCCAGGAAUCGUACGGAGGACCCGCACGGGCAAAGUCGGCAUAUAUGUACUUGUUGUUGUUUAUGUUUUCAUUUCCCAUUCAAGCACGACUUUCAGUAACAAAACGUCCUCUCUUCGUGUACGUGUUCGUCUUGUUUGCCCUUUGUAUUAGGUAAAAGUAAAACCAACUCGAACGCUAAAUAAAAAACGCCCAGGCUCUUCUGCGACGUGCAUCGUCCGGAGGUGAUUAAGAAAGGGAAGGCCGAGUCUGCGGAAUUCAAGCUGGUGGACUCAGCGAAAAAGCUCGGCGAGCUGUGGAAGGCGGCUUCUGCGGAAGACAAAGCCAAAUUUGAAGCCGGUGCCGCGGAACAAAAGAAGUCGUACGACGCGAAAAUGGAGGAGUGGCUCAAGACGAAGGAAUACAAGGAAUUCCAGAAGGUAUCUUCUACCGUACUAUGUAGUCUCAUGUACUAUCUAGUAGUUGUAGUGCAUCAGCGUCGAGUUAUCAUUCUGGUGGUAUGGUCGUGCACAUGGAGGACUUGUUCUUCAUUUUCAUCGCGUGCGUGUCGUUCUCUUUUCCCUCGGAUGUAACGCUGACAAUCAACGCUUUUGUUGUGGAUGAUGUGGGUCAACUUCAAUUUCAGUCACGAUCUAAUUAGACGUCGGAAUUAACAAACUACAAGUACAAGCCCACUGAUCUUCACGCCGCGAUGGGCAAGAAGCACUAACAACCUCAAACGUCUUAUAAAUAUCUCCCCAAAACCUCCUCCAGGCCGACGGCGCCCACAAGAAGAAGAAGAAGGGUGCGGCUGCUAAGAAGGAAGCUCAGGAGGGUGGUAUGCCGAAAGCCCCGGCUUCCAGCUACAUGCAGUUUUCUGGGUCCAUCAUACGAGAGGUCAUGGAAGAAAUGACCAAAAACGGGCAAGCCGCAAAUGACAUGAAAGCCCGGGCGGGGAUUAUCAAAACGAGGUGGGAUGCCUUAGGAGCGGCCGAAAAGGAGGCGCUGGAGAAGAAAUACGUGGCGCAAAAGGAACAGUACGCGAAGGAUUUGGCGGCAUGGAAUGAGACCGAGGCGGGAAAGAAGUACUUACUACUUUAAUCUUGGUUGUGCGAUUUCAUCUCGCUCUAUUAUACGGUUCUUUUAUUUGUGCUUGUAAGUGGUGGGCGUUGAUUUCCUCGCCACAAAUAUGCUCUACAACUAGAUUUAUUCUCGAUUGAUGUAAUAAAGAAGUAGCCCCCUGAAUCAUCAUGAUCUCGAUCAAUUUUUAUUUUCCCAGGUACGCCGCGGCUCAGCUGGAGCUCGACCCGAAGAAGGCUCUGAAGGCGAGUGGGCAGCCGACCAAACCCGGAAGUCCCUACAUGCUGUACUCGGCUGAGGUUACGGCGGCUGUGAUCGAAGAGCUGAAGGGACAGGGAAAGCCGGCCGAUCUGAAAACAAGAUCAGCAAUCAUCAAAUGUACUUUACUUUCCACGUCCUCUUUCAUCUCUUACUCUUUGCAGGAGCAGCUUCUUUCGGUUUUACUUUUGUUUGCAUUUGUUCCCUUUCCAGUUGCAUUCACAUCAUUGACAUGGUCGUCGUGUUGAUAUGAUCUGAGAAGGAAAAUGAUGCUCGAAAUCACAAUCAGCCCGGUUCGACGCCCUCUCUGCCGAGGACAAGCAGAAGUACGAGGCGAAGCACAAGGAGCUGUCGGCCAAAUAUGAAGCGGACAUGAAGGAGUUUAAGAAAACGCCCGAGUACAAGAAGUUCAACGCGCUUAUCCAGAAGGACAAAAAAAAGCGAGCAUCCAGCGGCAAGCCGAAGGCGGAGAAGGGGACGAAGAAGCGCAAAGUGGAAGGGGGUACUUAUUUGGAACUUCUUUCUUGUUUUUUGAUGGUCAUCUGGAUCUGGUGGAUUUGCAUUUCGUUCGUUAUUUUUGAUUCGUUGCCUUUGCCGCGCGAAUUGUUUAGCUCUGCUACAGAUCAUGAGAGCCGUCUUUUAGAAGACUUUUUCAGGAUCAUAGCGAAGUAGAUCUAGAUUUGUGGAUCAAGAGGAUUUUUUAGGGCCUUGAACCUUUGACGCCUUGCCCAGGCACGAACAGAAAGAAAGAAAGAAAGAUCUAGAUUUUGAUUUCGAUACUUUGUCUUUGAAAUAUUAAAACACAUGCAUCUAUCAAAAUCAAUUAGGUGAGCCGCAGCCGGAGGAGAGUCCAGCUGACGAAGAUGCGGAGGAGGUUUCGGAGGAGGCCGAAGCCGAAGUCGACGACGAGGAGGAGUCCCCGGAAGAGGAGGAAGAGGCCGCCGAAGAGUAAAUGUAAAUCUGGUGAAGUACUAGCAGUAUUCGGAAUUGUCGUGCAGCCAGCCGAAUUCUUGUAACUUUAUUUGAUGCAGCAGCAAAUGAUGGAUAUGGAAUGUCGUGCAGCCAGCCGCAGCUACAUCAGGAAGCGCCGAGGAGGACCAAAAUCUUCACCCUUUAGAAAUUUGCCCCUUGAUUGAAGUCGGAAGGAUCCAAGACGGCUGUAGCUCGGGCCGUGGCGCGCGAGGAUUUCAUUGCUUAUUAUUCGACAAUGCUAAUGAGUCAAACUACACUUUUUGAAUCAAGUCCGGUUCUUGAAUGACGAUGAUGUAAUUUCUUGAAACUAUGCAAGAGGUGACUCUUCGUUUGUAAAGUCUUUUAGCAGAGAAUACAGCAAGCUCCACAAGUUGUAAGAGGGUGCAACAGCGCCGGACGACACCAAAUCAUGCGUUGUGAUGGUUAUCGAAGUUGAGGUUGACGACAGAAUUGAUGCUGAGCAACAAAUGAUUGAAGAUAUCGCACACACGCAGGAGGCGAAUGUCGUGAAGUUCGCCUUUCCUUGAAAGCAGAACUAAUCACGUUGUUGUAGCCGUGUUGCGACUUUUCCAAUUUAUGAAACCUUCAACAUCAACUAAAGUGUGUAUCCAUUACUUGACGCCAAUUCGCCCAUUCACAUGAUUUCGAU